AUGGUUGAGAUGGAUAAGCUACCAGAUGAGAUCCUGAUCGACAUCCUCUCUAGACUCUCUCUCAAGACUCUCUUCCAAUGCAGAGGCGUAUGCACCACCUGGCGUACCAUAAUCCUUCAAGACCCUUACUUUGCUAACAUGCACCUCACCCGAGCAUCCCAACUUGAUCUCCCUUCCCUAGUCUAUACAGCUCAUACCCACCCAGGUGAUCCUCCGCAUCUAUACUUGCUCGAUUUCAAUUCCGACAACGGUCAAGAUCACACACUCAACAUAGAAUCAACGGACCCAAUCGCCAUACGCUUUGAACCACAUAUCAAUUUUGAUACCAUAUUAUCUUGCGACGGAUUAUUAUGUUUAUGUGAUCGUUUCAACAACCCAAUAUACGUGUGCAAUCCAGUCACCAGAGAUCAUGUCACACUACCGCAACGGUGGGCCCAAUCCAAGAAUCGCAGGUUCAUACCUGGGUUUGGUUUUGAUGCUACGACUAAAGAAUACAAAGUUAUACGGUUAAUGUAUAUUGAGAAAGGUGGUGUAGCUUCCGAUCUCAUGGCUGAGGUAUACACACUUGGGUCGGGUGCAUGGAGAAGUAUAGGAAGCGUAGGAUGUCGAAGAAUAUCAUUCUCCGGCCGGACUUUCUCCGAGCCCAUAAACAUUCAUGGAGCUCUUCAUUGGAUAAUCGAGCUUAAUUUCAAUCCAACCAUUCCAGAAAUUGUAGCAUGGGAUGUAAGUGAUGAGAAAUUUCGCGUGGUUCCAUGUCCGGAAGAAUUAGACCUAGAUAAUGAUUCCUAUACGAUGUGUCUAACGACGAUUAACAAGUGCCUUUCUAUAAUCUAUUCUAACAAUUUGCUUGAAUCUAUAGAUAUUUGGAUAAUGAAGGAUUACAAUGUGAAGGAGUCUUGGACUGAAGAGGUUAGGGAAGAUAUUCCGCCAUGGAAUCUUUGGUAUAUGGAGUCGUCUUUGGUUAAAGCAGCUAUCAUUCAGCGAUGGUGUAGACAGUUUGAUGCAUUGAACUAUCGUUCAAGCAUAGAUGUUGUUGUAAAAGCCAUUUAUAGUUGUGAAGAAAGAGUUUUUAAAAGAGUCUAUGAAACGCAUUUUCAUAGAAGUGGAUGCAUUGAAUAUAGCACAGUGGAUAUUGCUACUCAUGUGGGGAGCUUCGUUUCUGUCAACCGUGGCAAUUCAUGGCCAGAUGAUGUGGAAGCAAAUGAUGUCGCUGCCAGGCGCGUUCCAUCUGCAAAAAGAAAGAGAAGAUGAAAACAAGUAUAGGAACAGAU